AUGCCGGUGCCAUGGAAUUCUGUCUCCUGUCCCGUCAGUGGGCCCGACUUAGCUGAGAGUCAGUGGGAGCUCUCAAAGGGUCAGCACCCUCAAAAAGUAUCAGGGCAGGCCCUCUUGGUGAGGUGCCAAUACCCGCACAAGGCCAGGCCCUACAAGAUGAAGGGCUUAUGUAAGGUGUCCAUGCUCGUGUGCACCAGGCUGGUCACUAGCUCUGUGCCCAGGGCUCUUGGUUCUCCAUCUGAGACAACCCGAGCUCCAGCUUCUUGUCAAUGUGGAGCCCUAUACCAAGGUCACAAAGCACCAGUCACCAUGACUGGUCUGAGGGAGGAAGACUCGGGCCACUACUGGUAUCGCAUCUACCACGCUUCCGGCCGCUCUGUCUCCAAGUCCGUGCAGUUCUGUCCGGGGGUAUCACUAAGUGAGCCCCUUCCCUGGGAUCCCCUCGCUCCCUUUUGGUGCCUCCUGAUUACCGAGGCAUGGAAGCCAGGCUGCCCUCCCCUAGCCGGGUCAACUGGGGAGGUUGUAGGGAACACGUGCCCUGGGGACUCUCAUGUGCACGCGGGCACACACACACACACACACCCACUUCACACACUGUCCCCAUGGUUUACAAGCCUUCUCAAAGAUGCUCAAACAGAGCCAAACACUCAUCGUUAUGCAAUUCACAGUUUUUACCACUUUGGCAAAGACCCUGUUCAGUUGUGCUGAUGAUUUUUUUCAUAGUAGGACUUUCUCGAUGAAGGAAACAGUGCAUUGCAUUACACUGUGUCCCAAAGCUCCUUAAUCUGAAUGUUGAUUCCGGGAUGUUUUCCUGUUAACAGCAGCCACAGCCAUCAGAUCAUACUCCCACAUAAAACUUA